AUGACUUCAAUAUCACCAUCACAAUUUCUUGUAGCUGAAGCUGAUUCUGAUUAUUUACAAACAAAUGAACAUGAACAACCACUGUUACAAAACUAUUUACGUGAACGUCUUCUAGAAAUUCGUACACGUAAUUAUUCUAAUACAGGCAUAGCUGAUGCUAAAGCAAUAGAAAAAAUUUCAUCAGAAUUUGAAAUACUUGUUUUUGGUCCAGCUCGUGUUGGAAAAUCAACAUUAAUACGAGAACUUUCAGGUGAUGAACAAAUACGAACUAGUGCAGGUUUAAAUACUUGUACACAAACAACAACAGCUUACACUGAUCAAUUUGGUGUAAGAUGGUGGGAUACACGUGGUAUUGAACAAUGGACGGAACGUGAAGCUCAUGCAUUUUUACAAGAAAAAUUUCUUGAUCGACAUAUUAUUCCACGAGCUGCCAUAUUUUGUCGUACAUCAGGUGCAUUCGCUAAUACACCUGUAUUACAAUUAUUGUUUCGUGAACUUGAAUCUCUUGGUAUCGCUUUAUUUUAUGUUAUUACUCGAUGGCCAUUUUUACCACGACGUGAACAAAUCGCUAUUGUAGAUGAAGCCAUUGAGUUAUUAGGUGGUACAGCUACAGGUAUAUAUCCAUCUAAAACAAAAACAACAAAUACAAAUGUUCAACAAGUAGAUAUUGUACCAACUUCAUCAGGUGUUGGUUGUUUUGGUUCUCGUCGUGCAUCUCAUCCACUUCCAGCUAAUGCUUCAGCUCCUAUUCCACCACCAAUACCUCUUUAUCGUGCACUUGAAUGUAAACCUGAUAUGUCUUAUAUUGUUCCAGUUAAUUCAUGUAGCGAUGAACUUGGUGAUACUUCUAAAUCGGGUACAUGUCCUGUUAUGAAUCUUAUUCUUCUUCGACAAUUAAUUAUAACAAAAACCUGUCGUGGAAAUGAUCGAGAACAAAAAUUAAUUGAUUUAUAUAAAAAUCAAAUGUCUCUAUUUGCUACAAUUGGUUAUCAUGCAUUUGAAGUACUUGAUGAUCUUGGUUAUGGUGCAUCAUCAUUUGGAUUAAAUAAAAAAGAAGAAGAAAUUUAUCGAGCAUUAAAACAAGGUGGUAAAAAUCAACAUAUGGC